AUAUUUUAAAUGCGCAAAACCCUAGCCCAUUCAACUUAAGCCUUCAGGUCGCAGAGAGAAAGCUAGGUCGCACAGAGAGAGCGGCAAAGAUUUGCCGAAGAUGAGACCUCUAGACGAGAACGAGACCACCCAAGUCUUUGAGAAGCUCUUCAAAUUCACAGGCAACAAUCUGAAGAACAUCGUCGAAAACCCAUCUCACGAAGGCUCCGAAACCAAACCAGGUCGGUACUGCUUUCGAAUGAACACGAACAGAGUAUACUACGUGAGCGAGUCGUUGGUCAAACGAGCCACGAACAUCAAACGAGACAAUCUUGUUUCGCUGGGGACGAACAUCGGGAAGUUCACGAAAGGUGGGAACUUUCAUCUCACCGUACAGUGUCUCAAUUUGCUCGCCGUCAAUGCGAAGCAAAAGGUGUGGCUCAAACCCACUUCGGAGAUGUCGUUUUUGUACGGAAAUCAUGUGUUGAAGGGUGGGUUAGGGAGGAUUACAGAGAACAUCGCGGUGGGGGACGGUGUGGUGGUGUUUUCGAUGUCCGACGUGCCGUUGGGGUUUGGAAUUGCGGCUAAGUCGACUCAGGAUUGUAGAAAAAUGGACCCCAAUGGGAUUGUUGUGCUUCACCAAGCGGAUAUUGGUGAGUAUCUGAGAAUGGAGGACGAGCUUUGAAGCUUCACCAAGCGCGGUUAUUGGUGAGUAUCUGAGGAUGGAGGACGAGCUUUGAAGGGUUUUGGGAGGUUUGGUAAGCUGGUUUUGGUGUUGGGAACUUAUACUGAGUUCUCAUGAACUGGUAAUUUUCAAUUUUGGGUGAUAACAGUCUUUUUAAGUUAUUUGAUAUUGGUACUGAAUGAACUGUUUCUGUAAUAUGAAUGUGUUGAUUAGCAUAAUUUACUCGAAAUUUGACAUUAUUAAUGAAUUUUGUUUCAGGCAA